AAACAGCAUCCAGCCGAGGAGGAUAGUCGUGUUGUCGUCCGUCCCCGUCAUUUUCAAGUAUUAGUGAAAGUUUGUUCUCUCGUGUAGGAUUAUUAUCAGCGCGUGGGUUACCCUUAAUGGCUUAAAACAAUCCUUUCUAUUUAUAACUCUGGAGAGUUUUGUCCUUCCUGCACGGUUGAACAUCGCACGGUUUUAAGUCGACCGCAAGUGGAGCUAGAAAUGCAUUUUCUCGGCAUUUUUGUGCUAAUUUUAUGCGACUUGUCACUGGCUAUUCCUGUUCCUGUAGAUACCAUCAUAGUGCAGGUCCAGCAGUGGGGAGUGGUCGGUGCACAGCAUGUCAUGGAGCAGGUCCUUCUUAAUGGAGUCUCUAUUACUGGAAAAAGCCAGGAAGUCGGCAGCAUAAUCCAAACCAUGUCAGCUGAUGCACUCCUUCCAACUCUUAUCAGUGUCAACCAGACUUCAGUCCUGGGGAACCACACUGUACUUCGUUCUCGUGAAUGCAUACUGGAGGGGUCUCAGCUGCACUGGGCUGACCGUGUGUUCUGUGAUGGGAAAGUCUAUCUGACUCUGGACCACACUGACACGUGGACGGCCCACGUACCGGAAGCACUGGUCUUCAAAGUGUUGUGGGAGCGGGAAGAGCAGCAGCGCACAAAGACGGAGAGGACACACCUGCAGGAGGGAUGCAUCAAGCUGAUGAGAGAACUGAAGCUUUCUGUGGAGGAGCCAGGUCCAGGGAUUCCUUUGCCUCAGUUUCUGAUCCCAAUCUUGGCCCUGCUGGCGUUUACAGGACUUAUCAUAAUCAGCCUCCUCCUCUCCAAAAACCGGGGUUUGAGGCACCCUGGAGGUGUUGUUGGCUCAAUUAUUCAUUAUCCUAAAGACAUGGCUGAAACGGCUCCGGACAUAAAAGGCAGUGGUUACCAUACCUUGUAAUUCAAAGCUCCAGCUGGUGAACAGGGUCACGUUUGAAUGUUCUGCUCCUUUGCUACUGUUUAAUGUCCACUUACUGAUUUAUUCAACACUUCUACUUCGUUCUGUGUGUGGAAAGUGUUGAUUGUAACCAAACUUUUGCUACAGUACCAGCAGCUCACUGUAUGAAACGUGUGGUUUGGCUUCCAGACUGUACUAAAUGCACUUUAAUGCAUGCAUCACACUUACACUGGUGCUUUUAUUGCAAAUCUAUACACACACACAUGCACAAAGAAAUGUAAAUAUGUCCGCUGCUUGCAGCAAUGGACAAGCUUGUUUUUGCACAAUUAAGAACACUAGGCAUUUUUUAAUGUCUGGACUAAGCUAUUCAUCUAACCAGCUUGUGGAAAUGUAUACAAAGGAAAUGUUCUAUUUUAAGUAUGUAUAGCAUCCGUUGCAAGUUAAUACAGUGAAUGUCACAAAUUAUUUUACAGUCUGUAGAUGAAGCUCUGCUGAAAUCAAGUGUGUGAUUUGUUUAUUUUUAGUUGUGUGAUUGACCAAUCACACAUAACUGUGCCAAACACUGGAUGGACUCCUGUAAGUGUAUCCGGUUAUCCAAAGUCUCGACUGUGCUGCGUUGUUAUGAUUUUCAUAUUUCUUGGUGAUGCUCUAUAUUCUUAUGACCGUUUGUAUGUUAUCCCUUAUAUUUGUUCAUGUUCAAUUUUAAGAAAAUGUUAAUUAAAAUGCUUUUACGGAA